UCUGGUGCAUGGCAUACAGGAAGUAGAAAUUUCUUACUUUUAGUUGCUGGGAAAGUAGUUUGGAAGCGACAGGAAUUAUGAAUGACGACUUACCACUGUUUGAAAGAAUAAUAACUUAAGACAAAUUAGUAUGUUGACAAAAUUAGAAGACAUUGAAUUGGAGGGAACCUAGUCAUGAAUAGAAAGUUGGAAUGGGAGACAAGAGACAAAAAUUAAGGGUUAUGCACUCCAAUUGGCAGAAAGUGAAUAGUGAAAAACUCUUGGUAAAUAUUAAUGUUGCAACACACACGAAGUAGAGUGAGUCCUGAUGAAGGGUCUCGGCUCGAAACGUCGUCUGUUCAUUUCCCUCAGUAGAUGCUGCCCGACCUGCUGCAUUCCUCCAGCAUUUCGUGUCUGUGGCUCCAGAUUUCCAGCAUCUGCAAUCUCUCGUGUCUCCAAAUAUUAACGUUGGCUGUGUUUGCAUGGACUUUGAUUAAUAUAAUCUUACUGAGUUGGCAUCUCAUGGGUUAAUCAGACACAUUGGGUUGUGUUAACUUGAAGUGCGGCGCUCAGAAAUGCUCGCAGAACUGAAGUCAGAAAGAGACUGGAUAUGGCUAGAAUCUGCAACAAAACUGGCUGAAUAAUGAGGUCCUGUCCCGGCACUGAAGCGAAGCUCCUUUUUCAAGGGCUGAGACAGAAGGAUUCCCAAACUCCAUCCCUCCCCUGAUGCUCUGACAUCCCUCACUCGGAUGUGGAUCAUCCGUUGCCAGGAAGUGAUGUAUUAGAGCUGAUCAGCACCAUGGUAAAGUGGCUGCUGGCGGUAGGAUGAGUGUCCAGUAAGGACCAGAAUAUUGAAGAAAAGAUCAAGGUAUAACCAAAUUGGGAAAUUAAGGAGCCAUCAUGGAACAUACUGCAAAAGGAAAUGAAGAAAGCACUACUGCUAAUGAUGCUGGCAUUCUUUCCAGAAUAGCACUUAACGAUAACAAAGCUGGAAUGGGAGGUUUGGAUAAAGAAAAAAUUAACAAAAUAAUUAUGGAAGCUUCUAAGGGAUCAAGAUUUUAUGAAAAUGAACAAAAGAAGGAACAACAGGUGAAUCAACGUAUUGAGAAAAUGUUGCAGCAGAAAGCACAGAUUACCGAGCACCAGCGAAAGAAGCAACAGCAGCAGGUGGAUCGACUUGUGACUGAAUUGGAGAAGAGCCGUGACCUCAGUCGCACAAUCAUACAUAUUGAUAUGGAUGCUUUUUAUGCUGCUGUGGAGAUGAAAGAUAACCCAGAACUGAAAGACAAACCUAUGGCUGUUGGAUCAAUGAGUAUGCUGUCAACUUCAAAUUAUCAUGCUCGGAAAUAUGGAGUACGUGCAGCUAUGCCUGGUUUUAUUGCUAAGAAGCUGUGUCCAAAUUUGAUUAUUGUUCCAGCACACUUUGAUAAGUAUCGAGCAGUAAGCAAAGAGGUACAAGAGAUACUGGUAGAUUAUGACCCCAAUUUUCUACCAGUAAGUCUUGAUGAAGCCUACUUGGAUAUAACGGAACAUUUAGAACAAAGGCAGAAUUGGCCAGAACACAAAAGGACAUAUUACAGUCAUGGAGAAGUAAAAGAAAACCUGGAUAAUUUACAAUCAUCCAAUGAAGAUUCGGGAGGCAUUUCACCGAUACUUUUCAAGGACAGCCCUCCCAUGUUGUCACAGCAGGAACCAGUGCAUAGUGCAGUACAACAGACAGAUUCUAGUCUGCAAAGCAAUGAAAAAGAAUCAUAUCAGCAGAAGAAAGAGCCAAUUGUGUUCGGUAUUACAGCAGAGGAGGCUGUUAAAGAACUGCGUUUCAGAAUUGAACAGAAGACAAAAUUAACAGCAAGUGCCGGAAUUGCACCAAAUGUGAUGUUGUCCAAAGUCUGCAGUGAAGUAAAUAAACCGAAUGGACAGUAUCAAAUUCCAGCGGACAGUAGUGCUGUGUUGAACUUCAUAAAGAAUUUGCCUAUUAGAAAGGUACCUGGUAUAGGAAAGGUAACAGAAAAAAUGCUGAAUGCAUUAGGAAUUACAACAUGCAUUGAACUGCAGCAGCAGGGGGCCCUGCUGUCCUUGCUGUUCUCUGAGAGUGCUUGGGACCAUUUUUUACAAAUCUCACUUGGUCUGAGUGAGACACGCCUUGGAAGAGAUGGUGAUCGGAAGAGUAUGAGCACAGAAAGGACGUUCAGUGAAAUCAGUAAAGCAUCGGAGCAAUACAGCUUAUGUCGUGAACUUUGUCAUGACCUUGAGGAAGAUCUCCACAAGGGAGGACUAAGGGGGAAGACAGUAACUCUAAAAUUGAAGAAUAUAAACUUUGAAGUGAAGACAAGAGCCUGUACAGUUCCAUCGGCAGUUUCUAAGGAAGAAGAAAUUUAUGCUAUUGCAUCUGAGUUACUAAAGACCGAGAUUGAGAGCAUAUAUCCUCAGCCAUUGAGACUCAGACUUAUGGGUGUGCGGGUUUCUGGGUUUGUCCAUCAAGAUGAGAAAAAACCUCACCAGAAAAGCAUCAUCAAUUUUUUCCAUACUGGAAAAUCUGAGACCCCAAUUUGCAGCUCUGAUUCUGAGUGCAUAGACAUGAAGAACCAAACAGAACAAGCAGAAACAUCCAAAAGAGAAAGUUUCUUCAAUAAAAAGCGACAGCAAAAAAGCCAGGUUCUUGCAGUCAAACAAGAAAAGUGCAAACCUGCCAUAACUACCCCAGCUUGCACAAUGGAUGAAAUGCAGCUCAAGGGUAGUGGCCUGAUUCCAGCAUUAAACGUUACUAACAAGUGUCCAAAAUGUUUAAAAAGACUAGGCAUAUCAACUUCAGAGGGAUUGAUGAACCAAAUUGAUUGUUGUUUAUGUGUAAGAGAAGGUGAAGCAAAUAUUUCAAAGGCAAGCUGUACAAUCAUGAAGGACGCAUCUAGCUUGGACAAUGAUUUAAAAAAUGAAAAAAUAAUGGAUCUACAUGAACAAAAAGGAACAGAGUAUCAGGAGAGACCCUCAGAAAUGUAUCCGAGUAUUACAGUUGUAGAUUUGCACAGAGAAAUUGAAAGUAGCAGCUUUAAUGGUGAAUCAUCAGUUAAAAACAAUUCCUGCCCGAUUGUACAAUCUGGUCACCAGACUUGUCUUAAAGAUCAUACGCAGCUAUCUAAUGGCACAGUAGGGACCCUGGAGCCCAUUAAAGAUAAGACUAUUUUAGAUGAAGAACUUUCAGACCACAGCAAUUUGUCAGUUCAAAUAUCUGGUAAAACUACUCAUGUGACACAGGAAAAAAUUCAGUUUGAUUUAACUAAAUCUAAUGCCAGCAGGUUAAAUCACGCAGCAUUUGCACAACUCAACCUGUCAAGACAGGAUGCUCAGCGCCAGUCAGACCAGGCAAUGAGACAUGCCACAUCAUUGAAGGGAAUGUUGUCUUCUCAAUCAGAAGAGCCAGCUGGUCUGGUAUGUCCAAUUUGCGACAUAAGGCAAAAAACAACAGAUCUAUCAUUGUUCAACAGGCAUGUCGAUAUCUGUCUAAAUCAAGGGGUUAUACAAGAGCUUACUGAGAGAUCAACACAUCCAUUUUCCACAGACUGCACUUCAAAAGGAGUAGGUCCAUUAGGAACUGGAAAGCAAUCUUCAAAUUCAUCUGUUCAACCAAAAAGGACUGGAUCGACAGCCCAGCAGCCAAUAACCAAGAAAGCAAGGUGUAACACAAUUGACAGAUUUUUUAAAUGAAUGGCCUCAAUGUAACAAAUACUUGAUUUUAUAUCACUUUGAAUUGCCUGUAUUACAAAGCUCCAAAUGUUAUUAAGCACUUUUGUUUAGAUAUUUUGUAAAUUCUACAGAUUGGUGAUUUUACAUCUAUUAGGUUGCUAAAGAAUUAUUCAUAACAUAGCUAAGCCAUACUUUAAAUGUCCAUACCUGUCACCAAUAAUAUAUAAUUAAUUUUAUCAACUGAAUUUAAUUGUAAAAAAAUGAAACCAUGAACUAUUAUUUACAAGGACGGUACAAAUUUGAAAUAAAGAAUAUAAUGGGCACUUAAAUCAUGUAAUAUGCAAAAAUUGUAAAAAAAAGAUAUUUAUUUUAUAGUGAUAUAUUUUUCAAUUCUUUAAGUAUAGUAUGAUUAAUUAUUAAUAUUUUAUAAGCUAUUUAUGGAAAUAUGUAAAACUGUACUUAUGAAGCUAUUUUAUUAAAAGCUUGAAGUAUUUCUAUUAGUGAAAUAGUACUUCUUGAUUGACAUGGUGAGAUUUGGUUCUGUCCAGUUUUAUUCAAAUAUAUUAUUAUCUGCAUUAUCUGCUCUUGCCUGUUUAGUUUUUCUGGAUCUGUUUGAAUGCACCUAGUCAUCUGGUGAAACAUUUAAUAAUAUUUAUGUGAUAUUUUGUUCUAAAACAUUUAUUUGUAAGCAUUAGCACUUAUAUUGUACUGGGAGAAGCCAUUGAAUAAACCAAUUACUUGCAUUAU